CGCUGGGUUAAAGUGGGUCUUUGAUCUGCAGACGCUCAGGUGAUGGCUUCCGAUGAAGUCGGUCUCAGUGUUUGGAGACCGGCUGGACUGAUCAGUGGAGCCGCGAAGAGUCUGCCUUGACCGUGGGACGUAACACAGAUACUGCGGGCAGUGUUUGAAGAUGGCCCUGAACUACGUGUCCCUGUCUGCCGGCGAUCGAAGAGGCCUGGUGGCCUACCGCUCUUCCCACGGCGACCUCAGCUCGUCGGCCUUAGCGUUGGCGAUGGUCUCUGGAGACAGCUUCCUCGUUACCAGUCCCGAGGAGAUUCUUCCAGAACCUAUUCUUCGGUCCACUGUGCGGCUGAACUUCCGGACUGAGAGCCGUCGGGCGCCUGGUGGCGGCGGGAGCCCGUCCCGCUUUACAGAGGGAAGGGAGCAGGAGGCGCGGAGCCGAAGCCGCCAAGCCAGAUUCUCACCUUACCCGGGCCGUGCGGUUAAACUCGACCUCCUAAGAAGUGUCCUGCAACAGCGUCUGGUGGCACUUGGAGGUGUUAGCGCAGCCCGUCUUUCAGCUUAAAAUGAAUACCUCUUCUCCGCCCCUCAGCUUGUGAACAAGGCUUCUCUAAAAUA